UGUAUGAAUUAUAAAUUUAAAAAAAAUGAGAUUUUUUUUGUAUCAAACUCUUGUAUAUUAACAGUCGAUACACAAUUUCGCUGACUUUUAAUUAGUAAGUUUCACGAUGCACCGUAUCUACACUUCACAGAAUCAAUGACGUGACAGGCAGUUCAAAAUAGUAUUGCACGUGCUUGAGAUAGAGGUUGUCAUAUGUGCAUAUUUUACGUUGUAUCCACGCUUUCAACACUGAUGAUCGAUAUAUUAUAUGACAUCUUGUUGAAUAUUACGAAAGCAUUUGAUAUCGUGUAUCAUUCUUUUUCCGACGUGAAUUAGAAUGACUAGUAAAAAAGGACACACCCUCCGAAUUGAAUCUGAAAUCGAUAAAAACCGCGAGGAAGGAAAUUGGAAAAAGGUUAUAGAAUUGGCAGAACACCUGAAAAUACAGUACCCUAGCAAUGAAUGUUUAGCAAAUUUUUUAUGUGGAGAAGGAAGAUUAGAAAGUUUUUUAGAACAAACUCCACCUAUAGAUGCUAACAUUGGGAAAGCUAGAAAUGGGUUACAAGAAACUAGAAAGUACUUAAUUCUUGCAGCAAAUGAAAAGGAUAAACAGGCUUUGGUUGUACUGGAUGCACAUUUGUUACUUGGUAAAUUACAUUAUGCAAUGGGAAUGUAUGAAGAAGCUCUCAAACAUUAUCAACAAGCUGAAUUGCACACACUUACAGAAAAACCAUUACCUUGUAGAAGUCUGCGUGUUGUUGCAGAGUCAUAUGCAAUUAAAGGUCUUUGUCUAGAAAAGUUACCACCAAAUUCCAAAUCAAAAUAUAAAAUAGUAGAAUGGCAAGAGCAGAUCGUCAAAUGUUAUGAAAUUGCUGGAGAUUUAACAUUGGUUUAUUUACAAGAACAAGACAAACUUGCAAUGCAACAUCAAAAUGGCACGUCUACCAUAAAUAGUAACAAUGCAGGUACAUAUUCCUCUCAGUCUUCGUAUUGUUCUACAAAACAUAUUGGACCAAUUUUGGAAACAGCACUACAAAGGGCACCCAUAUUGUAUAUUCAAACUGGUAAUAUUCAAGGUGCAAUAAAUCGUUACAGGGAAAUUUUAUCUGCUGUGGAGUCUACAACCACUCAAAGUCUUAGAGUUACUUUAACAAGACAAUUGGCAGAAGUAUUAGUUCGAGGAAUUAGUGGUGCGGAAUAUAAAGCUCCAGAAGCAUCAAAUGAUUCUGCAGAUUCACCUUGGAAGCCGAAGAGAUAUUUAGGUCCUAAUAUGUUUGUGCCAAGAAAUGAAUAUGAAGAAACAAUUCUAUUAUUAUUAAUAAGUGAAGCUAUGGCGGUCAGAGAUGCUGUGCUUAGUCAAUCUCCAGAAUUUAAAGAUGCAAGAAUACAUGCUUUUGAAAAUGCUACUGCAGUAUAUGAUCUCCUCACAGUAGUUGUUGUGAGAUGGAGUCAAGUAGAUUUGUUAUAUGAGUCAUUUGAAAGAGCAAUGAAAUUUUCUCAUGAAGAAGCUCAUGUAUGGACUCAGUGUGCAUUAUGUUUAAUUAGUAUGGGCAGAUAUAUGCAUGCAUAUAGGGUUUUAAAAGUGGUAACUAGAUUAUCUCCACAGAAAGUAAUGCCCUGUCUUUUAGCCGCGAGAUUAUGUUAUGAACAAUUAAAUAUGAUAAAAGAAGGUAUCGAAUGGAGUCAAAAAGCACUUCAAAGAGAAACAUCAAAUUCUCAAGGAAUGCAAUCAAGAUGUCAUCUUUAUAUUGGUAUUGGUCAUAGUAUUCUUGCUACAAAUACUAUAGUAAAAAUGGAUAAAACUUACCAUACUAAAACAGCGUUGGAAUGUUUUCAAAAGGCGCAACAGUGUGAUCCAAAUGAUCAUUUGGCAGAAUACUAUUUAGCUCAUGAAUAUGCAAUUAACAGACAAAUUAACGACGCAAUGGUUCAUGUUAAAAUUGCGUUAAAUCUUCGGGCAGAACACAUUCCAUCCUUGCAUUUAUUGAUAUUACUACUAUCAGCUCAUAAACAAUAUUCAGAAGCAUUGCAUUUAAUAAACAGUGUAUUAGAAGAAUAUCCAGAUAAUUUAAAUUUUCUUUAUGUAAAAGCGCAUCUUGAAUUACGAAGUAUCGGUGGUGAACAAGCAUUGUUUACCAUAAGACAUAUGCUUUUACUCUGGAAAAAUUUGUAUGAAGAUCAGACUAAUACUAAUUGUAAUGAACAACACAGUGAGAAACGCAGUGAAACCAGAAGUGUUUUUCAGUUGUAUGCUUCUGAAAUGUCUGAUAAAGAUUCCAGUUCUCUACAUGCACAAUCAUUGGCUGCUUCAAGAGUAGAACAAGCCUUAUCUGAAGUUGCAUCAUCACUUAGCUCUUUUACUCCGAAGCCAGGACCACAAAGAGCAUGGCUAUUGCAAUUACAAGUUUGGUUAUUACUUACUGAAGUAUAUUUAGUUCUGGAUCAACCAAAUGGUGCUGUUCUUUCUUUACAAGAAGCGACGAAUAUUUUUCCACUAAGUCACCAUAUUAUGUAUACACGAGGUUUACUUCAUGAGUAUAAAUUGGAAUACAUGGAAGCAAAGCAAUGUUAUCAAAAUGCCGUUUCAAUUAAUCCAUCACAUAUUAAAAGUUUACAACAUUUGGUAUAACUUAGGAAAGGUAUUAGAAUCUUUAGGUGAAGUAGAAGCAGCAAGUGAUUGUAUGGCUACAGCAUUGGAAGUGGAAACUACGAAUCCGAUAUUACCAAUUCUUUCGAUACCAGUUACAUUUGAAUGAUUUAGAAUUUUUAUUUAAAUAAGAUUAAAAACGGAUAAUAAUUUAUCGUACAACAUUGGCAUUUGUUUGCCCUUGUGGCAAUAGUACCUGCUUAUCUCUAAACUGUUGCAUUAUUGUACAAAUAAAUGAAUUCUUUUAAAAAGUAUUAAAAUUAUGCAAAUAAUUUAUCAAUAAUCAAUGUAAAAAAACUAAUAAAGAAAUAAUUAUAAGAGAAUUAUUAUUCUUUAAUAAUUCCUUUAAAUAUUUGAUAUCAAACAUUUUCUAUAAAUAAAGUUUUGAUAUUUUAUAUUUGUAUAAAAUAACAAUUAACAUUAGAAAUGGAUUCACAAAUAUUUAUGUUUUAUAGCUAUAUUUAUAUAUUACAGCUUUAUCUACCUAUUUAUGUAUUAUAGCUGUAUCUCUAUUUUUAUCUUAUGAGAUUAUACCUUAACGCUACAUAUUUAAUAUAUAAUUUAAAUAAUAUUAAAACUAAAGCUAAAAUGAUUACAAUAUAAUAAGUGUUUAAAACAUUAGUAAAAGGAAAAAUUAUUCUGUAAGAUUAUGUUUUGUUAAGUUAUGAAUCAAUUUAUUUUUUAUUAAAAUUACUGAGAUUAAUGUUUGCUUUAUCUUUCGUUAUGUCAUAAAUAAAUCAGAUAAAAUUUUACAGUUCAGAUUAUUUUCUUCUAUUUAUACUAUGACUGAAGAUAAGAUAUUUUUCAUAAUAGUGUUCAAUAAAUUUAUUGAACAUCUUUCAAGUUACAGUUGAAUGUAUGCCCUUAUAAUUUAUUAUGGUAGAAAUAUUUUUACAAUGAAUAUUGAUUGAUUAAAAUAAAUUCUAGAAUUUUUCUACCAAUAUUUAUAGUAUAAUAUCUUUUGAAUAAAUUUCUUGUUUAAUAUUGUAAAGAAAUUCAAUAAUCGUACGUGUCGAUUUAAUACACAGUAAUAUUUAUUUAUAAAUAUGUUUUAAAGUUUUUAAUUUUUUAAUAUUCUUUCUAAUAACGUACAUUUUCUAUUUGCUUCAACUAUUUUGUCAUAAUUUAUAAUUUUUUAAAAAUUUCAAUAAACAAAUGGCAUAAUAUUAUGAAGAAACAAUUCAUAGUAUAAUGUAACAUAAUGUAACAUAAAGUUUGCGUAAUUUCUCGAUAAAAUUACUAAAUUAUAGUUUAUUAAAAAUCUAACGUUUACACAUUGGAAAGUAAAGAUACUGUUAUAAAAUAAGAAAUUUAGAAAAAUAUACACUAUGGUAUAAUAUUUCUAUUUAAAUUAAAUUCAAAUAUUUAGUUAUUUACAAUAUAAAUAUUACAAAUAUUAUUUUAUAAUUAACAUUAUUUUCAUAGUUAUAA